ACACAGACAUCAGGAGUGACAGGAGUAUUUGUGACCUGACCACCCAGCUCGCUAUUUUACAAAGUUCGCUCUCCCAGCUGACAACUUUUCUCUGUUUCACCACCUUUACAACAUCAUUUUGAAUUAAAAACAGGUUGUAGACAGUCAUUGCUCGUGGAGACGAUGGCAGGAAACAAGAACCAAAUGGUACAAUUGCUGCUGUGGAUGACCAUCGCCUUUUGUUGGAUGACAGAAGGAUUGAGGUGCAAUUGUGUGAGAAAAAGUAAUGUAGGCUACUGCUAUAAUGAUGUCGUGUUUCAAGGAAGACUUGUAGCCAGACAUCUGGAGGACGCCCACAUUACGGGAAAUUGGAAAUUCGAUUUUGAAGUCGACAGAAUCUUCUGGACAAACAACAAUUUUGCUGGAAGGAGACUUGUUCUGACUACUCCAAACAGCACCGCCCUUUGUGGAGUAAACUUUGAAGUAAACUUACUUUACCUCGUUGCUGCUAACCAGAGGGAUGGACAGCUAUACACUAUUUCGUGCUUGGGAAACGUUGCUUGGAAAUAUCUUGAUAAAAACCGGAAGAUGUUUUUCACAAACCAACUACAAAAAUUGUGUGCUUCCAACGAACCUCUGAAAUAAACUUACUUCUUUCUCGUGGUGACAAAAACACAAUUUCGAAAACACACUAUACCAUGUUUUGUUAAUCGCAACAAUGAAGAACAGACGUUAAACAGAUUAAAUUUUAAGUUCCACAUCAAAUCAAACCAGUUUUAAAGUCCUAUUUGAGUGGGUUAUAAUUACAGAUAAAGCUAUACACAUUUUGAUUACCUGUAAUUUUAGCAUACGUACGCAAAAUACUCAAAUUCAAACUUUUUAAAUUAAAUUUAAAAACCUUUAACACUUUUCUCUAAAGUUUUAACCAUUUCAGCAGUUGAGAUGUGAAAGAUAUACUUAUGAAAUAUUCUCAACUAAAAGGUAUUGAUAUAUAUUUGGACAUCUGAUAGGUUGUUAGAAACCUGUUACAUUUCCCAAACGUGCAAACGUUCUCUACCCGAAAGACUUGAUGUGUAAAGGGCGAUAAACGUGCUCACAGUGGUGUUACUCGCUUACCUCCCCUACCCUCUCCUCGCUCUGUAUCUCUUGGUGUGUCUACACUUACUAGGUUGUCUAAGUUUGCUAUUCGUAAUAAAGGAUCGUUCCAAUUUA